AUAAUGUUUUUGUGUGUUUAAAGAGCGGAGAAGAAUUAGGUUAUUUGCCGUCUUGCCAAAUAUGUGCAUAAGCGCUUCAUUUGAGAUUUUGGCCAAGUGUAUUAAACAACAAGAAAAACUAAGCGCCCAUAUAGCUACAAUCAACGUUAUAUAACCUGUAAAAGUUGAUGAAAGCAUGUAAUGCACUUGCUGCCUCAGAUAACAAACAUUUACAGCCGUAAAACACUCCAUCUCUGUCAUUCUCUGGUCAAAAACAUCGUUAACUCCAUGUGAGCUUGAUUUUCAUAUGUUAAGAGCAAGUGUCUGAUACAAUACCAACGCUAACGACGCAGAGUUGUUGAAUUAUUGACACCCCCCCCCCCCCCACCCACAUACUAUCUGCGUCACACCUCAACCUAACCUCAGUGACAGGCUGCCUUAAAUUUGACUGUUUAAGCGGAUCGGGUUUCAGUCUUCUUAUGAAGUGGAGCCAAAUAUACACCUCUGAAUUCAUUGCUUACUGUAAAUCUGAUCCAGUAUGUCUUACGUAUCAGAGAGCUCUAGUCUCAACAAGGCCCUGCGGCAGCAAUACCUCAGUCUGCCUCAGGGAACCUUCUGUCAGGUCACUUACGUCUGGAUCGAUGGCUCUGGAGAGGGUCUGCGUAACAAGACUCGAACCAUGGAUUCAGAGCCAAAGAGCAUUGCUGACCUACCAGAAUGGAAUUUCGAUGGUUCCAGCACAGGUCAGUCUAAAGGACACAACAGUGACAUGCUACUGAUUCCAGUCUGCAUGUUUAGGGACCCCUUCCUCUUGGACCCGAACAAACUGGUGCUAUGUGAGGUGCUCAAGCACACCCGAGAACCUGCAGAAUCAAACCACCGUAACCGUUGUAACAAGGUCAUGGAGAAGGUCAAAGACCUUCACCCCUGGUUUGGUAUGGAGCAGGAAUAUACUCUCCUAGGAGUGGAUGGACACCCUUUUGGCUGGCCCAGACUUGGAUUCCCCAAACCACAAGGUCCGUAUUACUGCAGUGUUGGUGCUGACAGAGCAUUUGGCAGAGACAUUGUGGAGAGUCAUUAUAAAGCCUGUCUGUAUGCUGGCAUCACAAUCAGUGGCACUAACGCAGAGGUCAUGCCCUCUCAGUGGGAGUUCCAGGUGGGUCCAUGCAAAGGAAUUGAGAUGGGAGAUCAUCUAUGGAUGGCACGUUUCCUGCUCCACAGGGUGUGUGAAGACUUUGGAGUGGUGGCCACCCUGGAUCCAAAACCCAUGACAGGAGACUGGAACGGAACCGGUUGCCACAUUAAUGUGAGCACAGUGCAAAUGAGAGAACAAGGAGGAAUUGAGCACAUUGAGAAAGCCAUUGAGAAACUGACCAAGCGUCAUGCAGAGCAUAUUCGUGUCUACGACCCACACGGUGGAGAAGAUAACAAACGUCGCCUCACGGGUCGCCACGAGACUUCCAGCAUCCAUGAUUUCUCAGCAGGUGUUGCUAACCGUGGGGCCAGCAUCCGUAUCCCUCGUCAGGUGGGCCAGGAUAAAUGCGGUUACUUUGAGGACCGUCGUCCUUCUGCCAACUGUGACCCAUAUGCCGUGACCUGCGUAAUGGCCAUCACAUGCAUGCUGGAAGAAGGGGAAGAUGCCCAUGAACUUGAAUAACACACUUUUGGAAACUAAUAAUUGUUUAGAAUAUUAGAUAGGGGGCACUUUAACCUGUUAUAAUUGUUAUUUUUGUCUGUAAAUCAUACUCUAUACAUAUUCCUUUCAGUACAAGAGUUUAAUGUUUUAUGACACAUGAUUUGUAGGCAAAUUUGAUAUGUUGUAUUGAAUGAUCAUACACCUACCUGUUUCACAUUAGAACCUGACUGGGGUUAAUAACUGAUUCUCUUCCUAUCUUUCUACCGUAACACAAACAGAAUUCAAAAGACUUCAUUCCAAGUUAAUUGCAACAACAAUGCAGAUGGUUUCGGUGAACUGGUUUUUAUAAUAGGCAAAUUUUCAAGGGUUCACAUUUUACUCAAAUGAAGCCACAUAGAGCACAUGAAUCACAUCACAGUAAUAGGUUUGAGCAGUCAUAUGUAGAAAAGCUAUUUAUUUGAAAAUACAGUAAAAGCAGUAAUAUUGUGGAAAUAUUGUUAGAAUUUAAAAAGUAAAAAUGGAUCUUAAUAGUGUAAAAAUGCUUUCACUUUAUUUUUAAGAAUGGAUAACCAUAGUAUACCCAUCAUUCAAACUGAGGACACCUGCACAUGCAGUAUUUACAGAAAAAUGCAUUUUGUUUAGAUUUAAAACAGUGGAGUCUAUUAAUUUCAGAUUAGGUGUUUAUGAAUAUAUGUCCACAUUUAUACACACACAUAUACCGUACCCUUACAGAAAAACCACAUAAAUUUAACAUGUUUUCCACAUGUGAUCACGUUUUCCACAUGUGUCCAUAUAUUUUCCACGUUAUCACAUGUCCAUACAUUUUUUUUCACAUGUGAUCACGUGUCCAUAUAUUUUCCACGUUAUCACAUGUCCAUACAUUUUUUUUCACAUGUGAUCACGUGUCCAUAUAUUUUCCACGUUAUCACAUGUCCAUACAUUUUUUUUCACAUGUGAUCACGUGUCCAUAUAUUUUCCACAUGUGACCACUUGUGUACAUAUAUUUUUCACAUGUGAUCACAUGAAGACAACAUGUCACCACAUGUUGCAACAUAAGAGCACAUGUGACAUGUGGAUCACAUGUGGAAAAUGUUUCCUUGUGUUAUAAUAGGUUAUCACAUGUGGAAAAUGUUUCCAUGUGUUAAAAUAGGUUUUCACAUGUGGAUCAUAUGUUAGCUACAUGUAACAAAUACUGUGCAUUUUCAGCUUCACACUGUAUGUUGACUUUUAAUUUGUUCCUAUUCCCUGCUUCCCAUUGUAGUCCCUUGUAGCUUUCUUUAUUUGUUGUAAUGUAGGCUACUGUAGUUGCAAAGUUACUUUGGCUAUAUAAGCUAGUUAGUAAAAUAAAAGUUAAAUAAAAUAAAGUUCAUACUA